GAUUAAUCAUCAUUCCUCAAGUAGGCCACGACUGUCGCUUUCCAUACAUUUUCCAUUUCAUCAAUGACUGUCAUCCUCACAGUUGAAGAUGUGUUAAAUUAUCCAAGAAUCAAGUUACUCUGGGUUCUUGCUUCGUGUAGCCCUCUGGCUGAGUGACAAAAUUUCGGAGAAAAUACUGCUUCCAUCUUCAGGGACUCCUUCCAAAAUGCUAGUACGAGGAUUAAUAUUUCAUAAAAAUCUGAUAUUAAGCUCAAGAAGGUUUAACGUCUUCAAUGGAACCAGAAGGUCCAUUGCCAUGUUUACAAGAGGCCGCAGCAUUCCUAAUCUCCAAGUGCGUGCUACAUGCCCUGUCCAUCUCCUCCUUUAUCUGAACCCAGUCUCAUCUCUCUCGCAGGAUCUUAUGGGGUAUCGUGCUGUUGAUAAGUAUAAUUUCGGCCAUCGCCAUGGUACAUAUUGAGUGGACCCGAAAUGACACCAACCCAACGUUUAUUGCCCUGGACACCGCCCACUACCCGAUUUGGAACAUCGAUUUCCCAGCCGUCACCCUAUGCGGUAUAAACAGAAUACAGAAGUCGAUGGUUUCCGCUGUGUCCAAUGAAUGGAAACUGCCCCUUGGGAUGACUCGAGGUCAAGUUUUAGACGACCUUCACUUCCUCUCACAACUGAUCGACAUGGACGAACAUGAUGCCACGAAACUUGGACGUUUACAGACCGUGUUAGACAUGAAUAAUAUCACGGCGACGGCUGCAUUACAGAAGGUAACACUUCCUUGUGAGGAUCUUCUGAUAAAAUGCGCGUUAAAGGGGAAAAUAUCAAAUUGUAGAGAUAUUUUCAGUGUCCUGACUACAGCGCAUGGUUAUUGCUGCUCGUUCAAUUAUCUUGCAAACAAACUGAAUGCAACCGAGUUAAAAGACACCCCGUCCGGAGAAGUUGACCCACACGCGUCGUACCGGAUGAGCGCCUGUGGCUUCCAGCUUGGUCUUACAGUUCUAGUACACAACCACCUCCAAGAUUACUAUGAAGCUUCAAUGGCAUCUUAUGGAAUCAAGAUGAGUGCCAUUGCACAAACCUAA